AUGCUUCCCACCGACACUAUCGACUCCAUCACCCCCGACCGGAUCGCUGGAUGGAUCAACAUCCUACACGGCCCGCUCACCUCCCAGUGCGAGGCUACCGAGGUCCAAUUCAACAUGCUACUCGACAUCGUUCUUGUCUACAGGGCCUUCGCGCUCGGGCACGUCGCAGUCAACCCCGAAGACUUCGUCAUGUUUGCAGAUCGUCUGAUCAGGGCUGCGAGCGAGCUUCAUCCAUUUGAUCGUGCCGACGAGGAGCUUGCGGACAUCGCGGCCUGGUUACGUAUCAACUUUCCCAAGGCUACAGAAGCCCUCGCACACAGCGGCCAUACCCUUGCAAGCAACCUCGCUCAGCUCUCCCUUGAGGCUGCGAUACUGGACUACCCUUCCAACCUGCUCCCAGGCUUUGCGCGUGCCGCACAGGAUGUGCCCUCGUCCGACGCGCCUGCCUCCGUGGCGCCCGCGUCCAUCCCUGUCCCUGUAUCUGUCCCCGCAUCUGUCCCCGCAUCUGUCCCCGUGUCUGCUUCUGUGUCCCUCCCUGCAACCACUGUGCUGCCCGUUACGCCCUUGCCCAAGACCGCUGUAUUCACGCUGCCAUCCUCGCCGUCUCCUAGUGCUGCGCCCGUGACACCCCUCCCGUCCAAACCCCUCUCGACGGUCAGAUCACACAAGAUGCUCGCCAGCCCUGCAAUCCAGCGCAUGCAGCAGCUUCUCACUGCGUCGCCGCGCAUGCCUUCCAGCACCGUCACCUCGCCACACACAUCAUCCAACACCACCCCGCCUCACACGUCAUCCGCUGCUUUCCAUGCGCUCGGCGCCGACUUCGGCAUUGAUGAUGUCCUUCCUGUCCUUAUGGAGUGCACGCGGCGCGCACGCCACCGCCAUCAUGCUCCUGCGCAUCAUCGCCCGUCUGCUGUGGAUGGUGCACAGUCUGACUCGGACUCUGCCCCGUCUCUCAUGACGGUGGACUGCUCGUCGUGCAGUGAGUAUGACACCCAGGAUGGCUCGGACCUAGAGGUGGGGGGUUCCUCGGAUGUCGAGUAG